AUGGUUCCAGUUGCGACUUCACCACCUGGGCUUAUCUCGAUGAAGUCUCGAGUCAUCAACAAGUUUUAUGAGCCCCUGGUUCUUUUGAAGGCAAUGAACGAUGAGAUGACAAGCCUGGCCGAAUUCUUCGACCCAGAUGAUCUCAACUAUCGCGGAGAUGUGAAAAAAAUCUUCCAGGCCUUUGUAUACAAGCUAGCUCAUGUUUGCGACAGUACCCCGGGUAACGGGGGCAGUACCGUCACCUCAAUCAUGCUGCUUCGCGGCUCCGAGGGAACAAAUGUUGAGUAUCAUCUUGCAUCAAAUCAGCGAUGUGUAGAUGAUCUCGAGAAUGUCAGGGCAUACCUUCAACAUUUACUUGAGCGGGUUGACAGAGCAUCAACGUCAGGAAGGACCUCGGAGCUGCGUAAGGACCUGCUGAACGCAGUAAUCUGGUUCAACAGACCCAGAAUCAACUCCUAUAUCGUCAGACUUGAGAUUGAGAUACAGCGUUGCAUCAAGAAUGCUCGAAAUGGAUGGCCACUCAAUCUCAUUGAUAUCGAGUUCUUCCUUCUUGCGAAAGACAACUGGCCUGAGAUAUUUCGAAACUUCAUGAUCUUGGUUCACCCAUCGAGUCACCCGCUCUCGCGACCAAGACGGAACAAAAGUAUGACCGCCGAAGGCAUUGUCGGUCGCAUGACCCGCAAAGAAGACAUCAUCGAAAGAUUCAGGCAAUUCGUCCAAGACCUGCAAAUCAUGCACUUGGACCAAAGAAUUCAAGCAGAAUACCAAAAAGACAACUUUCAGCCAGUUGUCCACUCGGAGAUUUUGCUGCUUAAUCACCUCGAGAAAUCAGCGGGAGGCGUUUCGCCUGACAGAUUCUUCAAUAAUUGGAUGUACAUUGGCAGUAGCAAGCCAACCUGCCGGCUCUGUGAGUACUACUUCGAGGAGCACCGGUCUGGCGUCGGGCAUCGAAGCAGCCACAAAAACCUUUACAUCAGCUGGCGCGUUCCUGAUGUGCUCCAAUCCGAAGGUCACGGAGGAGAAGAGAAGCGACAAGUUAUGGUCGACAGGUUGCUUCUGAGGAUUCGCAAAGAUGCAUUCAAUCUCGUGGAGAAAAGGGUGAGGCCAACAUUCAGGAAUCACGAUUCCAUCACGUCAUCCGUCAGCAUGACUCUACAUGGGAACUGGAGCGAGGCUUCCGACAUAUCUGAUGUCAUGGCCUCAAUGGGAAGUCUGCAAUUGAACAACGAUGAAGGUACUCAUCAAGAUGAGCCACCGUCACUCCCCGAGGUCGUGCCUUUCAUCAGCAACACUUAUCAAUACAUGACGAAUAUCAGAAGACUUAUGGAGCGUGCAAGCAACAUCGUCAAAUUCUACCUAGGACCAAUGCGUGUAUACUUUGUACAGGGGGGAGAGAGCGUGCAAGCCAUGUUUCGAUCGUCUACCAGCAUCAGCUCGAACAAGUUCAUCCUACUGGUUAUGAGAAACCUGCAAGGGUCCGCCCAAAAAGAUGUGGAUAAGUUCGCAAACGACCUCUCGGGGCGGCAAAGAGUACCUGCACCCGGCUACGAGAACACACCGCAAGAGGAGCGAUAUUGGUACACUUUGCAUCACAUUACUGUUGAACAUCUAUCACGCGCAGAGCCCACUGCUCAUUUGGCAGAAACUUACACAAACUUCUUUAACGAGGCUUUGGAAAAGCAGCCUGUGGGCCAGUGGGCGACCGUUCGUCUUCUGGAAUUCUUGAAGAAAGAAAUGUGUGCGAGCGCCAUCAGGUCGUUCUGCGGCACCGAGUUACUGGAGAUGUUUCCGGACUACGUCGAGCAGUUCUGGCGUUUCGACAGCAUCGCUUUUCAGGUUGUGUAUGGGCUUCCAAAGUGGAUCAACAGCGGUCCGGUAAAUGAACGCGAUAAGUUGAACGGCAUGACGCAGAAGUAUCUGAGAAAGGCCUUUGCAAAAUUUGAUUGGGACGGUUCUGCGGUGGAUUCCAUCUGGGAGCCCACGUUCGGAUCAAGCUACGUUCGCAAGAUGACCAAAUGGCUUCACGACACAGAUAUGGCUCCGGAGACUCAAGCCGGUUUCUACAUGAUUGCGAUCUUUGGAAUAAACGCGAACACAAUACCAAUCACCACAUGGGCGAUGAUUGAGCUCUUGCGAGAUCAGAAGCUGUUCCAAGCAGUUCGCAGCGAGGCCCUUGAGACCCUUAAUGUGGAUCCCGUUACCGGGAAGCGGUCCUUUAACGUAUCCAAACUCAUCUCAAUGCCGCUGAUGCAGUCUAUUUAUACGGAGUGCAUGCGUCUUCAUGUCUCCAUUGCGCUCUCCAGAGAAGUCGUCGAGACGACCACGCUCCACGGCUUCCGCUUAGAGAAAGGCUCAAUAAUUCAGGCCCCGACGCAUUUUGUGCACUUGGACGAGCAGAUAUGGAGCCAGGAAGGACAUUCUGCUUCUGAGUUUUGGGCAGAAAGACAUCUAAAGCAUGUGAAGAAAGUAGAAGAAGGUACUGAUCGACUUACCACCGAAAAGCAGUUUGUAUUGGCGGGAAAGACCAAUGACUUCAUCCCGUUUGGUGGUGGACCAUCCAUGUGUCCGGGGCGGUUCUUUGCCAAACAAGAGAUUCUUCUCACAAUCGCCAUCCUUGUCACAAAGUUCGACAUGGAGUUUGUUGAGUGGACAAAUUUGGACGGGUCCAAGUCUGAUCGACCCCCUGUGGAUGAUGAGCGGUACUUUGGUACAGCUGCUGUACCUCCGGAUCGCGAUGUCAAGGUACGGUGGAAGAAACUAUGGUGA